AGAACGAGAAAGCAGCGUCAUAGUCUCUAAGUAUUGAUACAUCUAAGGAUGCCCUGAUCUUCAGAAGACGCGGCCAUAGAUCCUUGCAUACACUAGCGCACAUUCCCCUGUCAGCGGGAAGUACUCCGUCCAACUUGUACGCCUUAUCACUGUAUGGAGAUGGCGGGGACGGGAAGUGGUCAGCAGACCAAACUCGUCCGUCCUCGUUUACACGUCCAACUAAGCCUCUGUGUAUCUCUGCUUCCUGGCUAUCAACGUGGAACAUUUCAUAGACUCGAACGGCGAUUUACAGCAAGGUACACAAUGAAAACCCUAGGCUUGCUCGGCGGCAUGAGCUGGGAGUCUACUACUACAUACUAUCAGGAGAUCAACCGGCGCGUGCGCCAUGUCCAGGGCGGGUUACAUUCUGCUCGCUGCAUAGUCUUCUCGUUUGACUUCGCCGAGAUCGAGGAACUACAACAUGCGGGGAAGUGGGAAGAGGCGGGCGCUCUCCUCGACACUGCCGCCACCAAGCUCAAGCUCGCUGGUGCUGAUGCCAUAGUCCUCUGCACCAACACCAUGCACUUCGUGAGCCACGGCAUCGAGGGAGCCUCGCAGUUACCCUUAAUUCAUAUCGUCGAUCCUACGGCAGACUGCAUUCUUAAAGCAGGAUUCAAAUCUGUCGGGCUCCUAGGCACUCGUUUUACCAUGGAGAAAGACUUCUAUAAGGCUCGUUUGGCUGACAAGUAUGGAUUACGUGUUAUUGUCCCGGAAGACGAAGGCCGCGAAACUGUUCAUUCGAUUAUUUACAAAGAGCUUUGUAAUGGAAUCAUCACGGAAGCCUCACGACAGGCCUACUACACGAUCAUCGGGGACUUAGCAAAAGCAGGUGCAGAAUGUUUGAUUCUUGGGUGUACUGAAAUUGGUCUACUAGUGGAAGAAGCCGGAUGCCCAAUGCCCAUGUUUGAUACAACUAAGAUUCACGCAAUAGCCGCUGCUGAUUGGGCCAUGAAAGAUUGAUCGGUACAAUAUCUCAGGCGUGAGGAAAUAUAAACUGUUAUAGAGCAAAGCUAAAUACAGAAAAAAACAAACUUAACUGCCCCUGAAAAC